AUGGCCUCCAUUAAGGUGGAAUAUGCAGAACCUGACCAACCGCUGAUUGCAGCGUUCAUUCAAGCGCCUUCUCCUGGAGGGGUUGGGCAGUCUCCUGGAGGGGUUGAGCAGGCGCCUGAAGGGGAUGAAGAUGUAGAUAUGGAUGAUGAGUUUGAUCAGCUUGCAGGAGAAGAAGAGGUUCGGACUCCCCGCAAGUGGUCUCCUGUGCCUCAACAGAUUGUAUCAAUUAACACUGGAGUCAGUGUUAAAGAAGAGCCGUAUGAGAACGAAGCGUUGUUACUGAGAGGUCUCACACCAAAACCAGAGCCACAGGACUCUGGAAAGUCCAAUGAUCCAUGGUCACUAAAAGUUGAGCAAGAGGAAACGAGAAAUCUGUCACGCUCAGAAGUACCGGAAAUCAACACGGAACGUAUGUUCCCCGUGAAGAGCGAGCCGGAUGCUGACGGAGUGCCUCCGUUGAAACUUGCCGGGGAACAAACUCUAGCAGAAUUGGAAGCUCUUUCAGCUUGGAAUUUACACAAAUGGCAGUAUGGCCGAAGACCAAAGGCUCUCAGAGCCAACAGGAGAUUGAGCACCAAUAACUCAGGGGAUAACACAGGGGGAAACAGUCACCCUGCAUUCAAAGGGCCGGAAGCGAUCCACCAAAACUCACGGGUGUCUCAAAAGUCCUUGCCACCGUAUCCAAUGCCCUGGGACUCACCAGUUCCGACCUCAAGGUUACAUUGGCCCAGAAAAGCAAGGACAAUGGAUUCACAUCCUCCAAACUCAGGAGCUUCACAAGCUGGGACCUUCCGCCAACCCCCUCUAUUGAGUAACUUUAUAGGGGAUGCCGAUCCGCAUUACUUGUCCGGGCAGUAUAACACAUCACCCAACAUAUCACCUGUAGCUCUCCCAGGACAGGUGCUGUGGACAGGGAUAGAUCCGUUUGGGAGCGCCACCUUGGCUCCUGCAGGAAAUAUAGGUGCUGCUGAUGUAUGGGGAUCAAGACUUCCUCCAAAAACACCCCAGCUGGUGGCAGCCGACCUGAGGCCAGCUCCAGAGUUGGGGAGAACUGAAGCAAUGCUUCCAAGUCCAUAUAGCUUCCAGCAAAUGGCUGCAUCUAGUAGCCACCUUGGGAGAAGCGAAUUUGAAGAGAUAGCCCAUCUAUCAAGUGGUUUCAUAGGAUUUGCUGAUUCACACCACUUGUCCGGGCCGUACAAUGCAUCAUCCGUCGCUCUCCCAGGACAGGCGCUGUGGCCAGGGAUAGAUCCGUUUGGGAGCACCGCCUUGGCUCUAGCAGGAAAUGCAGGCGCUGAUGAUUUAUGGGGAUCAAGUAUUUCUCCAAUAACACCCCAGCUGGUAGCAGUUGAUCUGGGGCCAGCUCUAGAGUUGCAGAGAAAUGAUGCAAUGCUCCAGGAUUCAUAUGGCUUCCCGGAAACGGCUGCAUCUAGUAGCCAUCUUGGGCCCCACGGAUUUGGAGAGGCACACACUUUGCUUGGGAGCCUGAAUUUAGACACUACCCAAGCUUUAGACUCUGAUGCACCAAAGACGGAAAUGACAGAAUUAUGGCACAAGCUCAUGGGACCCACAAUUGACAUGAUUGAUGACAAUCCUUCCAGAUCAAGUUCCAGCUUGCCAUAUCCAGAGACAUCUCCACUGCGCUUCCAAGCAUCCGGGAACAAAAAGAAAAAAAAAGUGGACAAAGGGAUGGGUGCUUUGACGAGCCCCUUCACGGGGGAUCGUGUUUCAGCUUCCCCAGACGACUUUAUUCUGAUUGAUCUCCUCAAAUCUCGGGCAAGGGAUCUAGAUCCCUAUGGGAUGACAGUCACAAAGUUAGACGAACCCAACUCUUUCUCCAGUCUUGGGUUCUCUAUACAAGCCACAACUCCACCGACCUCCAAUGGGAUCGAAACAAUACCACCUUUGUCCAAUGUUGCAAAACCAAUUGAGAUACGUAGGUAUCCUCUCAAGUUGAGUCAAUCAUACGCAGAUCUUUGUAAAAAACUCAGGAUAGCCCAUAACACAGGUUACGUUUUGACCAGUAUUGCCUGGAAUGUCCUCGGAUGUCUCCAAAGCCUUGAAUCAGUUUCCGGAAGAUAUAAAAAGGGAAAAGGACCAGCCCAGGUAGAGGCUAUCAUAGACUUUGUUCGAAGGCGUUCUCUACAAUGCAGUGUUCUCAAUGUACUAGGUCAAAUGGGAAGCCUCUCCCCUGAGACAGUAGGGCUUAAGAGUGAACGGUACAAGAACAGUGUACCAACUUUGGUGGACGACCUGUUCAAUACCCCCAUGUUUGCUCCACAUUCAGAGAUACUGGAAACUGACCCAGAAACCAGAAUGGCUUCCCAACCAGAUUGGUUAGAUGCCAUUCCGUUGUUUAUGUUAGGUCCAAGUACACUCCCUGAACAAAGUGAAGGUGCCAACUAUUACACCAACAUGCCAACCACAAUGUUUGAGGACUCUAUCGAGUUCGACGGAUUAGGACAGAGGAAAGCGGGAGUUGGAGGCAGUGCUGCAAGGAGACACGAUCCAUUAGCACCAGAGCCCCUAGAUUUCCACGAGACCUCCAUCGAGUUCGACCCAACCUGCGACCUAGUCGUCGUGUUUCCAGUACCGUUACAGGGAGCCAUGGUCAAAGGAGGCAUCAUGUAUCCUGUAUUUGUCUGUGAAUCCAAGGAGACAGAUCCAUAUUAUCAGACCAACCAAUCAGCAUUGGCGCAGAAUGACAGGAUCCUUGUGAUCAGUGCUUCAGAUGACCAUACUAGAAGACCCAUUAGCCGGCGCUCGGUGAUCAUCACGGUUGCUCCCGAAAUACCCUUCUGA